CUUCGUCGCUGUCGUUGGACUGAACAGCCCGUCAACAGCUGGAUGAGGGCUGGAAACAUCUGCAGCGCGUGUUCCGGAAAAUGAAGCAGCAGCUGGAUGAAUGUGCGCAGCCGGUCCUGAAUGGAACAUCUCAGGAAUGGGGCGAGGCAUCAGCAGCUGCGCUCCAGAGGGACACCAGAAGAACCUUCUCUGCUAAUUUAGACUAAAACAGGUUCAAGUUAGGAAGGAAUCACCAGGUGGAUCAGGAUCAGGAUCAGGAUCAGGAAUGAAUCAGAUCAAAAAUUCCUCUGAGGAGCUGCGCUCUGUCCCACCAAGACCCCCGGGUUUACCUGCAGCUCUCCCAAAGAGACGGUUUGUCAGGCUGGGGAGGAAGACUAGCGAUGGCACUCAGCAUUCAGCUUCAUCCACUGGAAGCUCCUCCGCCUGCAGGUCUGCCGAGGGCGUGGCUGCAAGACAGCCGUGCAAGAGCCGCAUUCGUCGCAGUACCCACCGCCUCUCAGGUGUCUUCCUCCGCAACCCCACCUCCACCUCAGGCUCCAUGGCGCUGACUGCAGGGCUCAAGUCAUCAUUAUCGGUCCAUGCCAGGAAGGGAAGCAUGAUCUCUGCAGAUGCUCUAAUUGCAGAAGACCCAUCUGAGCUGUCCAAUCAGAUAACUGCCCCGGGAAUCCUGAAGAUCUUUGGAAAUGAAAUCCUUGAAGGAGCUCACUAUAAGAGCGUCCUGGCCAGCACUCACUCUAGUGCAAAAGAGCUCGUCAAGGAGGCCCUUGAACGGUAUGGCCGGAAGGAGGAAGCGGAGUCCUACGUUCUCUGUGACACCAUCGGAUCCAUCGGUAAUCAUCCGUGGAGAACCGAAGGUUUCCGAAUACUGGGCGACCAUGAAAAGCCCCUCCUCCUGCAGUCGCUGUGGAAACCCAGAGAGGGUUUGGCAAGGCGGUUCGAAAUCCAGAAGAGAAGCUCAGUAGAGGAGAAGACCUCCAAAGAGAAGGACACCAUCACCGCUGGUAUCAAUGCCCAGGCUCGUAAGCUGCAGAAGAGCCGCUCCAGAGUGACCUCCACCCUCAUAGAGAGGACCGUGGGUCGGAGCCAGAAGCUGUGGAGGAGCAGUGAGAUGGACCUCCUAGAGACCAAACAGGAAGCAGAGCACGACAAACGUGUCAAGAAUAAAAGCGAGAGCCUGAGUCAGACAUCAGUGCAAAGCUUUGAGCACCCUGAACAGAAUCACAUUCACAGCCUCGCGGCUCCCUCAGAGGCCAAAACAGAGACCCUCUGUCCGCCGAGGCCGAGGGGGCGAGCGCGAAGAGAGGAGUCUGAGAGGGAGGAGACGGAGAGCAGCGACGAUAACACCACACAGUACUCUAUUCACCCUCCCCACGACUGUCCGUACCUGCUGCUGCUGCAGGGCUGCAGCGCCGCACAGGACUUUGUCAUCUACCUCCUUGCCAGCCCAAAUAUUGUUAUCGGUCAAGAGGGUGGCGAUGAAGAAGGGUCAAAGGUUGAUAUUGUUCUCUUUGCUGCCGAUAUUCUUCCGAGACACUGCUACUUCCUUCGCCAAAGCGUUGCUGCACCCACCGUGCUCUGCCCGUGUCGGGGUGCUGUGGUCACGAAGAACGGGAAAGUGGUGAGAAACGAGGAGCAGCUUUGCCCUGGUGAUGUCAUUGGGUUGGGACAGCACUACCUGUUCCUUUUCAAAGAUCCUUUAGCUUUGAUGCACAAGGAAGUGAUCAGUGAUGCUCUUGAGCCCAGCCUGUCUGCUGCCUCCUGGACUCUAGGUCACACCAGCUCUGCAACUACAAGAGAAAAGAUCCUCUGCAGCACCUGCAUCUCAACCUGCACUGACUACCAGAGCCCAAGCUGCAAACAGCCCCUAAGCAGAGGGCCUCCACUCCUAAAAUCACCUGAAGGCCACAGCCUGACUCUCAACUAUGGAGCUGAGGACGAGGAUCUCAUUGUGAAGGAGAUUGUUGCUAUAGGGAGCAGUAGCAGCAUCAGUGAUAGACCACCGCUGACUGUUGCCUUCUUGCUGUGCAUGUGUGUUCAGUAUUCAUCAGCUUGUCUUCAAACCUCAGACCUGCGCAGGCUCCUGCUGCUUAUUGCAAGUGGAGUUCAGAGCACCAUGUGGGAGCAGACUAAGGAGCUGGCUGCAGUUCAGCCUGAAACUCUCAGGGGUGAAAGCUCAAAGCCAGAAGACCCCACGCUUCUCUGCCUCCAAGAGCUGAUCCCUGGACUGCGCCCCCUAGUGGUGUGGAUGUCAAACAGCCUGGAGCUGCAGCAGUUCAUUCAGCACCAGCUGCCUCUUAUUCUGGAGUGGAGAGCCCGAAAGGAAGAGGAACCAGAGAGGGAAGAUGAUGAGAGCAAGGAAGAGGAGAACUUGGUAUUGGUGGAGCUUCUGAUGUCCUGUGUCCGUUCAGCCAGUGAAGAGACAAUAGCUGUCCUGGAGGAAGUCAUCAUGCUCGCCUUUCAGCAGUGUGUGUACUACUUUACUAAGAUCCUUUACCCAAUCCUACCAGGACUUCUGGACUGCAAUCCGUUCAGGGAAAGUCCUGAGCUGAGGACAACUAGUGAAAGCGUUCAGGUCCUGGGUAGCGGCGGACUGCAGGUCCCUGCGGAGAUCCAGCAGGUGGUGGACGUUUUGACCGAGUGCCUGACGCUACUCUCAGACUGCCAGGUCCACCCGGAGAUUUCCUCUCAGCUCAUCAGCUACCUCUUCUACUUCAUCAACGCAUCACUCUUCAACUCACUCAUGGAGAGAGGCUCUGAGCCAGGAUUCUAUCAGUGGUCCAGAGGUGUGCGAAUACGAGCCAAUCUUGACUUGCUCCUUGACUGGGCCCACGCAGCCGGACUGGGAGAACUGGCCCUGGAGGACACACAUACUCUAUCAUCGGCUAUCAAUCUGCUGGCAACGCCUAGAAAGAAUUUACUGCAGACAUCGUGGGUGUCUCUGCGCUCAGACUACCCUGCCCUGAACCCAGCCCAGCUGAACCACCUUCUGAGCCUGUAUAGCCCAGCAUCACCUUGUAGACACACCUGGACUCCAUCAGUGCCGGACCAAGCUGCAGCACACCAACCAGCUGACAUCUUGGAGAGCUUUGACACCCACCAUCCACUGGUGCUGCCCGAUGGGGGUUACCAGCUCCAACUGAGAAGGGCAGUAACAGAUUCAGCCCUGAGGGCAGAGCUGGACGAGCUCAAAAAGUUUAUUUCCACUCUUUCUGACUCCCACUUACAUGUCACAACUGCUGGAGACCACAAGGGUGAUGCAGUUCACAUGGAGGCGAACCUGAAUAAUAUGGCUAAUGUGGAAACCUUUAGUACGUCACAAGCUCAGUUGAACUUGAUGCAGGCUAGUGACCAAAACUGCCAGUCCCCUUCAACUACCUUUGGUCCCUUACCACCUUCACCUUCACCGCCAUCACCAUCAUCAUCACCCUCUCCUCUCUUCACCAGCUACCUGGAUGAGUUCAGCUCCUGUGGUGCCAAUAUUUUGUCCCAAAAGCUAAGAAAUCUAGAGCUGCAAACAGGAGAGACUGAGACCGGUGACAUGAGGAGGUCGAUUCUGGACCCCUCCUGCCUCCUCACUCCACCUAACAGCCCCCUCAUGCUAGAUCGAACCGAUCUGGUGAAGGCAGACCACGAUAAAUGGAUGCAGUCUGACAGUGAGACACUUCCCUGGCUCCCUGGUGUAGAUGAUUGUGAUGAAGGUGGAUUAGUGUUUCAGUGUUUAGCUGCUCUGAAAGUAGACCGCUUAAAGUCCGAUUGUACCAAUAUGAAAACACUAGUGGAACUAAAAGAGGAGGAGGAGGAUGAAGACGAGGCAGAUGACCAUUGUAAUGGCAAUAACGAUGAGGUUUUUAGCCUGGAGCUGGAGCGAGGUGAAAGAGGGCUUGGUCUUGCUCUAGUAGACACACGGGACAUGUCUUUGAAGGCGAAGGGCGUCUUCAUCCGUGCAGUGGUCCCAGACUCUCCAGCUGCCCUGUGUGAGAAGCUGUUACCAGGUGACAGGAUCUUGGCUGUUAAUGGAAUCAGCCUUCUGGGGCUGGACUACCAGAAUGGAAGGGAGCUGAUCCAGUCAUCAGGUGCCAGACUGACGUUACUAGUGGCCAGAUCAGCCUGGAUGGCUGAGGUUAUACAGAAUGAAUGCUGAUGCUACAUUUGUUGAGAAACUAGUGACACACCAUCAGCACUUAAAGAUGAGUCCGAGAGCCUUUCUGAGCUUUCAGCUUCAGGAUAUGGACGAUUUUAAAGAGAAAACUGCACUAUGAGCAGCAUUCGGGUCAAAUUUCCUUUCAGGUUCUAGAUGUUUUGCUACAGAGCUGCUAUUGUGCAUAUAUAAACCUAUUAACACAGUGAAGAUGUAGGAUGAGGAUUCAUUUAUUCUCACCUGGCAAAAAGAAGACUGCAAAUGGACAAAGAGAAGAUCUGAGAUGAGACCGUUCACAACAUCAUAAAUCUGAUUACUGCACAUGAACAGGUCCCGAGGCUAGGCUCAGUUAGACCAGUGGUCUCAAACUCCCGGUCCGCAGGCCGCAUCUGGCCAUUUUGGCCCUUUAAGUUACUUUUUUGACAUUUCGCUAACUCCUCUUAAUUGGAGGGGAAAUGAAAUUUCAAAAAAGUUCAAAAGGUUCAAAAGUAACGGAAGUAGGGGGCGGGGCUGGAUGCGGCCCACAACCCGGGAGUUUGAGACUUCUGUCUUAGGCUACAUUCACACUGCAGCCUGAAGUGACCCAGUUCCGAUUUUUCUUUUUUUGCCUUUAUGCGACCUGUAUCUGAUCUUUUCACGACAGUCUGAACAACACAGAUAUGAUUUUUUCAAAUGCGACUCAGGCCAAUUGGACAUGUGGUCCUAAAUCCGAUACGUAUCCGAUUUUCUCAAAUGUGUCCUGUGUCUGUACGGCUAGGUCGCAUUUAUCCGACCUGCACUAUUCUGCGUCCCGUUACGCGGACGCGGGAAAGAGAACAAACUUACUUCCGCAAAUAUUGAGCACGCUCGCUACGUGUGACAUUGUCGCGUCCUCUACUGCGCAUGUGGGACACUUUUAGGUUCGUAUAUAUUUGGAUAUGUGAACGACCACGCAAAAACUCGGAUUUCACAAAAAAUCGAAAUUUGAGUCACUUCAGGCUGCAGCGUGAAUGUAGUCUUAGACUCAGUCUGCAGUGUCAGAGUUGUGUGCAUUUAUCUCCUCUUUGGAUGUAAAACUGUGGACCUUGUUGUUGUUUGUAGGCUUCUGACAGGCCAACAUUUCUGUACUUGUUUUUUGGCUCAAGAUUUUUUCAAAACAAAAGCAGAAAAUCCCAGUUUUAAAAAAAAAAUGUGUACAUGUGAACAUACCCUCAGCUGGAUCAAGAGUGACCAGUGCACAGGACCACAGUAUUUGGUAUCUUAAGGAUGUGUUACACAUGAACAAUGCUGAUAAAAAACUGUAGCAGCUGAGAAUGAUAGUAUUGGGGGGGAUCAUAUCUACUCAACAAAGAGAGAUAAAGCACUGCGGCGUGCUGAAAAGACAAGAGCGCGAGCAGAAGGAACAGGGCUGUACAUCAUCGCUUAACAAGCAGAUUAAUUAUUAUUCCUUUCUUGCCCAAAAAUGUCCUCUGCUAACACAGCUGAAGAAAGGAGGAAGCACAAAAGCACAAGCGCUGAUCCAGCUGUGCUGCAGAUGUUCGAAUCUGUCAUUGGUCUGUACAGAAAUGUAACCAAUUUUUAAUGUCACUGUGAUUGUUCACUUAUAAUGGUUGUUCAAACAAAAACAUUGUAAUUUUUUUUGUUUUCAUUAGCAGCCAUUUAUUUAUUUAAGCUGCUUUUAUAAGCUCAUUUAUGUAGU